CCCACUAGCUAAUCCUAGUGGAGCUUUAUACUCCAUACACCACUCGCUCCUCGUAGUUUUUACAGGUGUUGUCGAGCAGAGGAGAGUGGCGGCUCUUUUCUUGUGCCGUUUGUCAUUUGCGGUGGUUGCGAUAUGAUCAUGGGAUCAUGCGAUUGUGGUUGUGGUCUCACCGUACCUAGCAACUACUCCAUGCUGUCCAGUGUCCACUCUUGAAUCUUGAUCGAUCAUUUCGGUGGUUUCGUCUCUCCGACCUGCUUUUGCAGCUAGUAUCAUUUUGGCGGUUGAAGCACGUAUAGUAACACUGCUCCUGGUGGCCGGUGCAGCUCAGGAACCCUGGUACUUUUCUGCUCAUUCAGUACCGCCGGAGUUCAUUCAUGGAGGCAGCAUAGCGAGGCUGCUUGACAGAUUUUUAGUUACUGCAGUGUGCAGUUCCCGCAGGGAAGGAGGAGGGGUCCCCGUCGUCCCUCUUCGUCCUUGUCGCACUAAAUGCUGCUAUUAACUGACUGCUAAAUGCUGAGCCGUGGUGGCGAGCUCCAUUAAUAAAUGCUUAUAUAUGUGUAUCUCUUCAGGCAGGACUGGCCAUGCUUGCUUCAAUUCUUGGUGAGGACGAGGCUGCCGCCCAGCUGAUCUUGCAAGGCUGCUGAUCACAUGUUCCCUUCCCCUGUUCUUGCAAAGAUUUGGUAAUUCUUUUGCUCGGAUGGCUCCGGCGGCCGUGAUGGAGGUGGAAGCAGCACCUGCGGCAGCCAAGGAGAUCAAGUCGCCGGAGGUGCUGACGAGCUCGCUGUCGUCGCUGCAACGCAAGAAGCUGGGCGCGCACUUCCUGGAGAGCGACGAGCGCCGCUUCUCCGGGAGGCGGGCCCUCGGAGGCGGCUAUGACCCGCCGUCCGCGGCCGGCACGACGCCGGUCAACAUAAGGGGCGAGCCCAUCGCCGACCUGUCGAAGACCGGCGGGUGGGUGGCCGCUUUCUUCAUCUUCGGCAACGAGAUGGCGGAGCGCAUGGCCUACUUCGGGCUCUCCGUGAACAUGGUGAUCUUCAUGUUCAAGGUGAUGCACCGGCCCUUCACCAGCUCCGCCAACGCCGUGAACAACUUCCUCGGCAUCUCCCAGGCCUCCUCCGUGUUCGGCGGCUUCCUCGCCGACGCCUACCUCGGCCGCUACUGGACCAUCGCCGUCUUCACCACCAUCUACCUGCUCGGCCUCAUCGCGCUCACGCUGACCGCCAGCGUGCCGGCGCUCGUGCCAAGCCAGGCCGGCUGCGACAAGCUUGCCAUGCUGCUGGGCGCGUGCGCUCCAGCGGAGCCCUGGCAGAUGGCGUACCUCCAGACGGCGCUCUACAUCACGGCGUUCGGCGCCGCGGGGAUCCGCCCCUGCGUGUCGUCGUUCGGCGCCGACCAGUUCGACGAGCAGAGCCCCGGGUACAAGCGCCGGCUCGACCGCUUCUUCAACCUCUUCUACCUCGCCGUCACGCUCGGCGCCAUCGCAGCCUUCACGGCGGAGGUGUACAUCCAAAUGCAGCACGGCUGGGCGGCGGCGUUCGGCACGCUGGCGCUCGCCAUGGGCGCUUCCAACGCGCUCUUCUUCGUGGGCACGCCGCUGUACAGGCACCGCGUGCCGGGGGGCAGCCCGCUGACGAGGGUGGCGCAGGUGCUCGUCGCCGCCUUCAGGAAGAGGAACGCUGCCUUCGACAGCGGCGACUACGUAGGCCUCUACGAGGUCGCCGGCGCCAAGUCCGCCAUCCGGGGGAGCGCCAAGAUCGAGCACACCGACGACUUCAGGUGGCUCGACAAGGCCGCGCUGCAGCUGGAGGGCGACUUCGCCGGCGGCGAGGAGACGGUGAACCCAUGGCGGUUGUGCACGGUGACUCAGGUGGAGGAGGUGAAGAUCCUGCUGCGGCUGUUGCCAGUGCCGGCGUGCACGGUAAUGCUGAGCGUGGUGCUGACCGAGUUCCUGACGCUGUCGGUGCAGCAGGCGUACACGCUCAACACCCACUUGGCGGCGCUGCACCUCCCCGUGGCGUGCAUGCCCGUCUUCCCCUGCCUCGCCAUCUUCCUCAUCCUGGCCUUCUACUACCAGACCUUCGCGCCGCUGGCCCGCCGCCUCACGGGCCACCCGCACGGCGCCUCCCAACUGCAGCGCGUCGGCCUGGGCCUCUUCUUCUCCAUCCUGUCCGUCGCCUGGGCGGGGCUCUUCGAGCGCUACCGCCGCGGGCACGCCAUCCGCCACGGCUACCUCGCUCUCUUCCUCACGCCCAUGCCGGACCUCAGUGCCUACUGGCUGCUCAUCCAGUACUGCCUCAUCGGCGUGGCCGAGGUGUUCUGCCUCGUCGCGCUCCUCGAGUUCCUCUACCAGGAGGCGCCCGACGCCAUGCGCAGCGUGGGCUCCGCGUACGCGGCCGUGGCGGGCGGGCUGGGGUGCUUCCUGGCCUCGGCGCUCAACAGCGCCGUCGACGCGGCGACUGGCGACGCCGCGGCGGGGCGGCCGUCGUGGCUGGCGCAGAACAUCAACGUGGGAAGGUUCGACUACCUCUACUGGUUGCUCGCCGUGCUCAGCACACUCAACCUGCUCGUCUUUCUCUACGUCGCCAAGCGAUACAGGUACAGGGUCAGGGUCGACGCGCAGGGCACGGUUAACAAGCAGUAGCCAUUGGCGCGCGAGGUCUCGCCGGAAGGAUUUGGAUCUUGUUUUGCUUUUUUUUUUAUGGAGAUUUGAAACUUGUUGGGAGACACUAGUUGUUGCCUCUCCUGUUGUAGGCUGUACCAAAGCAUCACAAGGAAUACCAUAGCAUUGGUUGUUUUUUUU